CCCCCACCCCCCUUUGUUGGUCUCCCUACUCGAUCUAUAGCCACCCCCACGCGCAAUCCAUGGCUUUUUACUGGCUAUUAGCUAGAUUUAUCCCGGCCCCGGCCUUACUAUCCUCUGUCGAUUCCUAGCUAUCUCGAUCGAUCUCCAGCCUUUCUCUAUCAGUGCAAAAAUCGAUGGAUGCUUUUCGGCAUAUAUAAAUAUGGCCCCAAAUUAAGCUUCCCUAGCUACCAAACUUGGAUCGAUCUUACUAUCAUUACUCGUUUGCUCCUUAAUUCCCUCAUCUCUUUCUCCCUCUCCCGGCCUCCGACAACCAAAUUACAAGCUUCAACUAUAGCAUCCUCCAUCAAAUAUCGAUCCUCUUCUUCUUCAUCGUCGUCGUCUUGUCUGGCUUCCCGGUUAAUUAAUUUGUUUCGGCAGGAGCUAGAGGUUAAUCGAUCGAGAGCUGGGCAGCUAGCUUUUGGUGGACAGAUCGAGCUAGCUACAUCAAUGGAGCAUCUUCAGCAGCAGCAGGAUGAUCAGUCUUGCUGUGUUCCUCCUGGGUUCAGGUUCCACCCGACGGAGGAGGAGCUGGUGGGGUACUACCUGGCCAGGAAGGUGGCUUCCCAGAAGAUCGACCUCGAUAUCAUCCAGGAGGUCGAUCUCUACCGCAUCGAGCCCUGGGAUCUCCAAGAGAGGUGCGGCAGGCAGUACGGCGCCGGCUCCGGGCACGAAGAGGACAGCUUCCGGUCAUCGUCUUCGUCAGCGGAGUGGUACUUCUUCAGCUUCAAGGACCGCAAGUACCCGAGCGGGACGCGCACGAACCGGGCGACAGCGGCCGGGUUCUGGAAGGCCACGGGCCGCGACAAGCCCGUGCUGCGCGGGGGCCAUGGCCAUGGCCGUGGCGCUGUGAUCGGGAUGAGGAAGACGCUGGUGUUCUACCGGGGGCGGGCGCCGAACGGGAGGAAGACGGAGUGGAUCAUGCACGAGUACCGGCUGCAGUCGAGCGAGCACGCGCCCACGCCCGAGGAAGGAUGGGUCGUCUGCCGCGCCUUCCACAAGCCUCUCCCCAACAUGCACCACCACAGGCCGAUGCCCUUCGUCUUCCCCGGCGCCGACCACUACGCCGCCGCCGCUGGUGGUCCUCCUCCAGCUGGUUACUACAUCAACGACAUCGACGCCCGCCUCAAUGGCCAUGGCGGUGAUCUCCUCAAUUACCUGCACCCUGCUCCAGUCUCCGGCGGCGGCGGAGGAGGGUUCGUCUUCCCCGGCAACGGUAGCGUCCAUGGCCAGAUGAUCGUGUCUGAGGAUCUGCAGGUGGAGUCCAAGAAGCAUGUGAACAUCUUCAGCAGCAUCCCCCAGCUGAUCGAGAGCCCGGUGACCGCCACCAUCGACGACGAUGAUCAGGCAGGAGCAGGACAGCAGGCGGCGGGUGGCAUUGACUGGAAUUUCCUCGACAGCUUGCUCUCCUCCACGUCGUCGGCGUCCCAGCUGAUCCAUGACUCUUCCUCGCAGUCGCAGCUGAUGAUGCACCUGCAGCAGCAGCACUGAUCGAGAGUCUGAACAUUAUUCAUCAUCGAUUUGCUACUAAUAAUGAUUCAGUACAUAGUAUACAGUACAGUGCAGUGCAGAUAUAUCCAUACAGAUACAGUUAUAUAGUAUUGAUUUGGCAGUAGCCUAGCUAGCCCAGAUGACAUCGAUCCAUUGUGUUGAUUUCUUUGUUUUGUACUACUACUGCUUGACACAUUGUAUCUAGCUAUCCAUAUUCAUACUCCUGUCCAGUAUAUGUGUAUGUUCGAUUUUAGUUUACAGACCACUCUGUUUUAUAUUCGUUUACUGAAUUUACUGUACAUUAUUCA